GAGAGACCUUGACAGGUGUAAUGUGCACAAACAAGUGAGAUCACAUUUCUUCCUCAUUCACGGAAACCUGACGCGCAAAGAUUGUUUUACUUAACAGUAAAUCGUCGAGGCUUUACCAUUUGGUUGUUCUCAGAUAUCCAACCAUUCCGACUUAAUCCGUACUUCCUCCUUGCGUUUUCCCACUACAUGUUUUAUCUAAACUCGUGUUGACCGUGUGGGGAAACAUAGAGCCACGGACAGGUGUACCGCAGGAGGAGGUGACGGAGCUUACGGGGCCGACAGGCCGGUGGAGGAGCUGAGGAGCUGCUGCAGGCUGAAAAUGUUUCCUGUGAAAACAUGACCACUCACAUCUCAGAGAUGUGGACAGUGUUCAUUUUUCUGAACCUGGGGGUUCUGCACUGUACAGUCUCCUCCUCUCCUCCCAUCCCAGUCAGUGUCGUCUUCUCCUCAGUGAAUCUCAGGAACGUACUGCAGUGGUACCCAGGAGAUGGCACACCAUGGGACACACUCUUUACAGUGCAGUAUGCCAUCUACGGGGACAGCGUGGAGGGAAGUAAAGGAAAACGGGUGCACUGGAGAGCGGUGCACCAGUGUACGAAUAUAGUGCAGAAGUGGUGUGAUCUGACCAAUGAGACGUGGGAUCAUGAGAACGGAUACUACGGCAGAGUUCGCGCCGUGAGCAGGACAGCAUCCUCCAAGUGGGCCUUGACACCGAGGAGGUUCGAUCCAACGACGGACACUAUUUUUGGUCCUCCGCUGGUUUAUGUGGAAAUAGACGGUGAUGAUGCAGUCAUCACUCUGGAGGGACCUAUGCGAUAUCAGCCCAACAACAACACCCCACUGGUUUCCAUGGCAACAUUAUACCCCCAGAUGACUUACACACUGUCCAUCCACAAUGGCCAUCACAAUCAGACACAUCAUUUUCCACAGGUCUCUAAUCCAUACAAAUUUCGGCUGAUGGAGUACGAAACAAAGUACUGCUUCUUCGCGAAGGCAACAUUCCUCUCCAUGCCCGCCCUCUGCCAGUACUCAGAAUGGCACUGCAUCACCACACCUACAGACCCUGCGACUGGUCGACUACUGAGGGUGGUUUGGGGUAUUGUCGCUAUAACUUUGUGCAUAUGUGUGAUUAUGCUGCUUGUGUACUGUCUCCAUAACUACCUGACGGGGAAAGGACUGAAGAGACCACGAAUACUGAAUGGACAUUUCUCUGACCGUUCCCCUCUGCCCUUCCCUCCGGUGGACCCCAAAACCAUCAUCAGCAUCAUCAAAGACGAGCCACCGCCGUACACCAACAGUGUUAUUUCAGACCCUCCAUGCCCCAAUCAUAAGGCGUACAGCGCAGAUCCCCCACCGCAAUACUCCCCACAGAGACCUGAAACACCCUUAGAGCUGCAGGAGCCUUGGGAUAAUUUGUCUAUUGACUAUGGAUUUAUUGGAGGGGCUGUUGGAGGAGAAGAGGAAGGGAGAGAGAGGAGCCACGACAGAGGAGAUGAUGGGAGUAACGAUAAAUGCCAGAAAUGCAUAGCAAGAGACAAUAAUGAGACACAAGAGUCAAGAGUUGAGGAUGGUCACUCCGCUGGAGUUUACUCUCCAGAGGCCAAGUCCUACCGCUCACAGACGUCAACCAACACAUGCAUGCAAACACACAUGCCGAUACACUCACAGAUUCACACGCAAACAGAGAUGAGCCACACACGUACAGGCACAGGCGUGGUCACAGUUACCAUCAGUUCCACUGACGCAAAUUCGGGGAUCAUUACAGUCUUUUCAGGGAGCAAGUGAAGGAGAGGUGGACAGAGAGAGGGAGGACAGAGGGUGUCCAGGUAUAUUUCUAAAGAAAAACCCCCAAACAGGCCUCCUCCACAAUCCUUUACAUCUACAAACUAAGAAGGAGGUAGGAGUGAGGGAAGAGAUGGACGGAAAGGUCCAUGUUAGAACAGACCGAGAGAUAGAAGGAGCUGCAGGGGAAGGAAGUGAGAGUGAGAGAGUAGUCCUCCUCUCUGCUUAUGCCUCCCAAAACAUCAAACACAUGCCUACCUCCCACACUAACCAAUUAGAUUUCUUACCAAAUGACUACGGCUUUCUGAGUCCAGCUACAGCACACAGUACAGAGGAAGAUGAUGAGGAGGAGGAGGAAACCACUUGCAUUAACUGGGAUCCUGAAACUAGGAAACUGUUGCUGCCAGAGAUGGCGAUGGAAUUCAAGAUGGAGAGAAGCUUGGGUGGGUUGAUGCCGGGAGAGGAAGGGUAUGAGGAAAGGUUGGGAGGAAGGAAGGAGGAGAAAGCGAACACCGCGAUGGGCGGGCUGAAGUUGGAAAAUGUGUUUGUCAGGCAAGCGUCAGAGGAAGAGGCGGAGGCACUGAGAGGGAUGGAGGCAGGUGGGGAAACAGGGUGGGAGGAAGAUGAUAUUUUGACCAAAUGGAACUUGGUGAUCUCCAUGGACGAGUAGAUGAUAUUCAUAAGCAGAUCAAUCCAUCCAGUAUCUAUACCGCUCAGGCGGGGAACACCCUGAACAGAUCACCAGUCUGUCACAGGGCUGACAAAUGAAGACAAACAACCACUCACACUCACAUUUAUUCAUCUGUAUAUUUACUCCAUUAUUCUUCUGCACUUAAAUUCAACAUCAUGAUAGAAAUAAAAAUCAUGAAAAUAUCUUUAUACAAAAUCACGACCACAAUAUCAAAAUCUUAGGAGCACUUAGUACUGUAAUAGGGUUACUUUUAUAUCUUUGAAUGUUGCUGCAUUAUGACUUACAGUUUACUGAUUAAGAAAAUCACUAAUUUUGAGUACUUAUGAAGUAACCACACUACGAUCACCUCAGUUUUGGGCAAACUAUUAUUUGAAUUCUUAUUAGUAUGAAUGCUUGAUAUGUGCAAUAUCUGUAUUCACUUUCUGUCUAUGUAUAAACUCCUAUUGCUUUUCUCAGGAGGGGCUUUUGAUAUUUGUCUGGGUCGGGGCUUGAACACUAGACCUUGGGUUGGUAGGCAUCCACGUUACCGAUCUCUGAGCUGAAGAACAUUUAAGAUGACUCUAAAGAGCACAACAUGAAAAAGCUUUUCUCUGCUUGUUUUUAGUUUUUCUGUAGAUGAUGAAAAGAAUCAUCAGAUUGUCAGAUUGUCUUUAGUCUGACAGUGUUUGUUGUCUUUGAGCAGAUAGUGGUCUGCACCUUGAACUGACAAGAAACAGACAUAAGAGGAGAAUGAGGGGAUUUCCUUUCUUUUACUCUCUAAUUCUUCUGUCUUUUUUUGGGGGGGGGACUUCUUUCUAAUCUGAAACACUCACACGCUUAUAAAGACACACAUCCAUGGAAGUGUGUCCCUCCAGCUUUACGAGGUGAGGAUGUGAUUAGAGCCGCAGGAGUUCAGUGGAAACUUUCUGUGAAGUAUUUAGUUGAGCUCCUGCAGGUCUGCAGCUGCUACCUGCUGUACAACAACACACACGCUGGUGUUUUCUUUUACGUUUUUUUUUUAUAUUCUAAGUGACCACAGAUUACCAUAACUGUAUCUGUGUUGACUUUAUAACACUGAUUAGCAGUAGUUUUUGUGGGUAGUUUUGGUUCAGCAUCAGUCUGUCUCUGUUUCAGUUCCAGGUAAAGCACUUAAAUUGCUCUUGUAGAAAACACCUUUAAACAGUAUUUGUUUCUGUGUUGGUGGUGAAUCCUAAUAUAAUCACUUCCUCAUUUUUGUAGUCAGAAAUUGCAGCGUCAAUUCUGUAUCCAACAUCACAGAAUUUUAUAAAGGAAACGCUGAUGAUCAGAGGAAAGUUUUUCUUUGUGAUUAAUAUGUUGAUAUAUGAUGAUGACAGAAGUGUAGCACUUUAAUCUUUAUUCUUUUAUCUAAUCUAGGUUUAAAAUGAAUAAUGAAGCUGCCUGACCCACUAUUCUAUUUUUAUAUGCUGCAUAGUUUUCUUUGUUUGUUUUAAGUUGUCAGGAUAUUUUAUGUUGUGUCAUCCACAAGAUGCCAAACUUCAUUAUCUGCUGCUGUAACUUCUGCAUUCCAUCACCAGCAUCAGAAGCUUAAAAUAAUAAGCACAGUAAAUACAAAUACUUUUGUACCUUUGUUUUUCAGAGGAAUGUUAUGUUUCACAGUGCAUUGAUGAAGGAAAUCACUAUGGUCUUUUGUUAAUAUUGUUCCUCUUUCUACAACCCUGUUUGUUGUUCUGUACACAUUAAGUCAGAACUACUUAAAAUGAUAUGUGAAGGAUGUUGUAAACAUACACACUCUCUGUCCAUCUCCACUCAGCAAUGAUGAGUAUUGUGCUGUGUCACAGUCUCAUAUUGGAAGUUCCUGUAAAAUCUCUUCCUGUAACUGGUAAUGUGCAAGUUUCCAAAGCCAGGGGGAAUUCUGAAACAACUCAGGCUAUCUGCGAUGUGUUGAUAAGUUUGAUGCCGUGCAUGAAGUUGUAUCCAUUUUGCGGAUUUUACUCUGGGAAAUAACUCAUAUUUUUAUAAUCAGUUUGUAUGUUGGAAGACAGAAUUACUGUAUAUUCAAAAGAAAUAAAAAUAAAAGGAACUUGUUA